AUGUGUGGAAAACAACUGGUUAACAACAUGGAUAACAACUUAGAUGACUCUUUGAACUUAGAGAGUGCUAUGGGGGUUGAUUUUGAGCAUUCUGAAGAUGCUAUAGUGAACCAAAAUGAUAUAACUUUGGAAUAUUCUGGUCAUGAGGAAAGUAUUCCAAUGGAAUUUGAACAUAAUGAAGAACAACCGAUUCUCAUGGACACUGGUAGUGAAGAAAUUAUUGAUUUUAUGGGGGAUCAAUUUUCCCUCCAAGAGUAUUCUGUGCAAAGUGAUCAAACUACUGGCUUGACGACAACUGUUGAAUCAAACCAACAACAAAUAAUAUCAAGUCAAGCAGAAUCAAUGAUAGACAUACAGUUCCAGCCACAAUUAUUGAAUACAAUUAAACAGGAGCCAAUUCCACACAAAGUCAUUGCUGUUAAGACGAUGUCGCCGAUGCGCACAAAUAAAAAGAAUGAAUCAGCACUAUUAACAGCACCACGUCAAGUGGCCAUUGCUCCAAAGCCUCCCAAACUCAUAGCCAAGCCCUUCCCAAACAAACAACCUGCGAUAGCUCCGAAACCUGUCACAUUUAUAGCCAAUAGAGGAGGCGGCGGCAGCUUAGUAAAGAAAGUACCUAUAAGUGCAUUACCAAGUAAUUCUAAAGGGAAUACUGUUGUAGCUCAAAUUGGCAAACAACUUAUAAUGGUACCUUCGUCUGGGUCACAAAAAAUCAAACUAGUAUCCGCAUCUGGCUCUAUGCCAAAUGUGCAAUAUCUCAGAGCAGAUCCUGAUCAGGCUCAAUUAAUUGCGACGCAGAGUGUCGGUGGGUCGCAGAAUAAGCCAGUUCUGACGAAGUUAAUAGCUGUACAAGGUCAGCCGCAGCUGAGCUCGCAGCAAUCCGCUGUCAUCACCAAGCUGGUUGGCGGCAAAGGCCCGCGCUUGGUCACCAUGCAGCAGAAGACGAUGCCCAUAUCCCUUGCCAAUAAGGUUUUACUUGCAACACCAUCAAAACAAGGAUUGAAGCUGGCAAAAAAACAAGAGAUCAUCUCCAUUAAGUCACCAACACAUAAAUUAAUGCCUGCACCAGCUCUAAAUGCAUCAUCCAGUAGUGCGGGGAAACAGAAAGUGGUUAUUCCAGCCAACUCUUCACAGAAUGUUAUUCUCAAAGUACCCGCGCCGACUAAACAAGGAAUAAAAGACGGCAACAUGGUAGUUGAUGGACAACGCACACAACUCCAUGAAAUAAAUGUUCCAGGGAAAGGCGUUCAGUACUUCCGUCUUAUCACGAAUUCUGCGACAUCAAAGCCUGCGCCUAAAUCCUUAGUUGCCGUACCGUCUAAAACCUUCAUGUUGGCAGACAAUAAAGGAAAUUUAAUUCAAAUGAGUGCAGAGAAGUUAGUUAGCGGUCAGCCACCGCCGUUGGUGGUCGCCGGGAAUAAACCUGCAACGCUUACUAAAGUGGCAUCGAAACCUCAGCAAAAAUUGGUGAGGAUAGCACCAAUCGUACCGAAGACGUUGCAAACUGUUACACAAACACCACGUUCGUCGCAGAGCCUGUUGGCGCCACUGUCGCCGGCGACGGACGCGGCGGCGGAUGCGGGCGCGGACGACGCGGCGCCCGGCGACGGCAGCGAGGAGGAGGUCGACUCGAAGGCGGCUCUGCGCGCGCUCAUUGAAAAGGCGGUGUCUGACAGUGUUGCCGAGGUGGAAGUGGAGUAUGAAGGGCAGCAUAGUGCAACUUCAGAGAACAGUGCCGACGGUAUGGAUGCGCUCGACGCCAGCGCGCGCUCCGACGACCACCCCCUGAUUGUCAUCCCCUCUAAUUACGACAACUCGUCAACAGAUGCGCACAACAGAACGGAUGAUUCACAAAGAAGCUUGUUAAACAUUGAAAAUGAUGUACUAAAUCCAUAUCAGUCGCCCACUACACCAGCCCCUUCAGAGUCGGACCUAGUGGCAACAGAACUCGGCUUGAGGCCGCGCAAGGCGUGUAACUGUACGAAGUCAAAGUGCCUCAAACUGUACUGCGACUGCUUCGCGAACGGAGAGUUCUGCAACCGGUGUAACUGCAACAACUGUCACAAUAACCUAGAGAACGAGGAACUACGCCAGAAAGCCAUUAGAGGCUGUUUGGAAAGGAAUCCUAAUGCUUUUAGGCCGAAAAUCGGAAAAGCGAAAAUUGGAGGUCCUGAUAUAAUUAGAAGGCAUAAUAAAGGAUGUAAUUGUAAAAGAAGUGGCUGUUUGAAAAAUUAUUGUGAAUGCUAUGAGGCGAAAAUAGCUUGCACGUCGAUCUGCAAGUGUGUUGGGUGCCGCAACGUGGAGGAGACGCUGGAGCGCGCGCGGCGCCGGGACGCGCGCGGGCCGAGCGGCCGCGUCGCCAGCUGCCGCCCCGCGCCGCCAACCAACGCUAAGUCAACAACCGUGCAGCUUCAUGACGUCGGAGGUGAUCGAGGCGGUGUGCCAGUGCCUGGUGGCGGCGGCGGCGGACGACGCGGACGCCGUGCGCGGCGUGCUCGACGAGUUCGCGCGCUGCCUGCAGGACAUCAUCAGCGCCGCGCACCAGACCACGCCGCUCUCCAUACUCGAUGGCAUAUUGUGAUUGUCGCUAGCCCUGUGUCUCUCUGGAGUGUGCGCGAUAUUGAGCCAUCG